CCAGGAUGCUCCUGUUCCAAUGAUAACUUUGGAAGGAGUUUGCUUUGCAUGUCCACAUCUUUGAGAAAGAUUCCAGAAGGCAUCCCUGAAGAUAUAAAAAAGAUUAGAAUAGAAAACUCUCACCUAACUGAAUUGCAUCGUGGGUCAUUCUCUAAUGUGAGUACCUUGGAAUAUCUCUGGCUUAAUUUUAAUAACAUCACCGUCAUGCAUUUAAAAAGUCUCGAAUACCUGAAGGAUUUGACUGAGCUGAGGCUGCAAGGGAACAAAUUGAGUUCAGUACCAUGGACAGCAUUCCAAGACACUCCGGCUUUGAACAUACUGGAUCUGAAGCACAACCGGCUUGACGUCCUUCCAGAACAUGCCCUCCGUUAUCUGUCUAACCUGACCUACUUAGACCUAUCUUCCAAUCAGCUUACUGUCAUCUCCAAGGAUGUCUUCUAUAACUGGCCAGUGUACCAAAAAACCCAGCAGCUGGAGAAGAAGGUGGAAGCUAUUUCCAAUGCUGUCUUGGCUUUGCACGGCAACCCAUGGCUAUGUGACUGUCGCCUGCGAGGGUUUGUCCAGUUUGUCAAGUCUGUUAGCCCUCCCAUCAUUCUGAUGAAUUCCUACUUAACCUGCUCCAGUCCCAAAGUUUGGGUGGGAAAAUACUUCCAUGAAGUGGAGCUGAAUAGCUGCAUGAAGCCCCUAGUAUCAUCCGUUGAGCCUAACGUGACAGUCUUAGUUGGACUAAAUGCGACCUUGACUUGCUUGGUCCAGGCCAGUCCACCCCCAGCAGUCUGGUGGACUUAUACCCUAAAACACUUGCGAGGAUUUAAUGUGUCCACCAUCCAUAUUAGUGAAGAUACACUUAAGUCAGAAUUGGUGAUUCCGUCAGCCCAUCUUGUGGAUGAGGGGAAUUACUCCUGCAAGGCAGCCAACUUCCUGGGUAACACCUCCUCCACAGUGAUGCUGAAAGUCCAAGCCCCCCGAGUGGUGGCUUCUUCCUUUUCUUCCUCCAUCUCCAUGGAGAAUCCAUACAUUGAUGUGAGGAUCGCCAAGCAGACAGUCUAUGGGAUAACUCUGGAGUGGUAUAGCAUGACUGAGAACCCAGCAGAUACCUGGUACACCCUCCAUUUUGGGAAAUACGAUGACACCAAGAAAGACAUGAUCUACAUUGGGCCCGGCAUCAACAGCUAUUCUGUCAAUGACCUGCUUCCUGCCACCAAGUACGAAGUGUGCAUUACUCUGAGGAACCAGAUGCCUCAAAAGGGGCAAUGCAUCGUGUUUGUCACUGGAAGUGACAUCAGUGAGCUGGAGCAGAGGGAGAAGCUCAUCCACAUCAUCAUCAUCGUGUGCGCCAUGGUCUUGGCUGUCCCUGCUGGGAUGUACGCAUGCACCACCGAGACCCGGUUUACGUGCAUGGAGAGAUGUGCUGACCUCCGCCACAAGGCCCGGAAAGGGCAAAACCUGAAGGAAGGCAACAAGGAGAACACAUUUGACAGCUUGCCAACAGGCAGCGAGGAGGGUCUGUGCUGCAGAGACUCCAGCGACGGCAAGAGAAAGAUGAAGCCAUCUGAGGACAAAGAGAAGGCCGCCAGGCAGAAGCCUGAGCACAGAAAUAGCGCUGAUCUCUAUUAG